AUGUCUGAAAAUAAGACUCUCUAUGAAUUUCAUUCCGUGCGACCAUUGCAAAAGGAUGAUCAACUCGACACGGAAACCUCCCGAGAUCAAGCCAGUACCGAAAGGACCAUGCACAAAUUUUAUAAUCCCUACAUUCAAAAUCAACAAUUGUUUUUUGAUUCGUUAUUAUUAUUUGUGGAUGAACAUAGCAAGUUUUGUAAGAAGGGUCUCCGAACAUUGCCAUCCGCGUAUGAUUCUUUGGAUGCCUCACGUCCAUGGUUUUGUUUUUGGUGUUGUAAUGCACUUAGUAUGAUUCCGAAUUUAGGAGAGGACAAUGUAUUAUAUCCUUCUCAAUUGGAUUUAGUCAAAAAGCAAGAUACAACACUUGUUUCUGAUUUCAGCGAGUUUUUGGCUGGUAAAUGCCAAGAUUUGGAACAUGGUGGCUUUGGAGGUGGACCCAAGCAAUUGUCUCAUGUGGCACCAACCUUUUCCGGAACGAUUGCUUUGUGUGCUCUCAAAGCAACCGAUGGCUUGAAUCGAAUUGAUCGAGAAAAAAUGUAUUCAUUCUUGUAUUCGUUAAAGGAUCCUGUUUCAAAAGGAUUCAGAAUGCAUGUGGAUGGAGAGGUUGACACAAGAGGCUGUUUUUGUGCACUCAUUGUUGCCACAGUGUUAAAUAUUUUGGACGACAAAUUAAUGGAAGGAGUCGAUGAAUAUUUAAUCAAUUGUCAAACCUAUGAAGGUGGAAUUUGUGCCUUUCCAGGAUCAGAGGCACAUGGAGGUUAUACCUAUUGUGGAUUGGCUUCAAUGAUGCUCAUGAAAAAAGCUCACCUUCUUGACCUUGAUGCUCUCUUUCAUUGGUUAUGUCGAAGACAAAUGUCCUACGAAGGAGGUUUUCAGGGAAGAACCAAUAAGCUUGUGGAUGCAUGUUAUUCCUUUUGGGUCGGAGCAUGCUUCCCGUUGAUUGAGGCUGCAUUUAUUUCACUGAAAGAUCCAAAAGAUCGAACCGAACAUGAUCAAUGUGUUCUCGAUUAUUUGCAGUGGAUUCCUCCAGAAUUGGAUCAAGAGACUCGAUUGAAAUAUACACCAAAGAGUUUUAGUCUGCAGAAUUUUGACAUUAAGGAACACAAGACAUGUUGCAGCCACCAUUCUGGCACUUUGGAGGACGCCUCUUGCCAAAUCGAAGAACUCGAUGAAAAGACGCCAUACAUUGAACUCGAUGACACUGAAUGGCUAUUUAAUCAAACGGCGCUUCAAGAAUACCUUUUAUUGUGCUGUCAACAGGAGACUGGUGGAUUGCGUGACAAGCCUAUCAAGCAUCCUGAUUUCUAUCAUACAUGUUAUGCAUUGUUUGGCUUGACCAUUGCUCAACAUAAUCCAAGUGGUAGCUUGUCCGUGUUAGGUGACUGUAAGAAUUUACUGAGAUCUAUUAAUCCUCUCUUCCAAAUGUGUAAUGACAGUGUUUCGUUUGUGUUGCAACAUUUUGGUGGAAGAACCAAAAUUUGA